UUCGAGCUAGCCAGGAGUCGAACCUAGAAUCUUCUGAUCCGUAGUCAGACGCGUUAUCCAUUGCGCCACUAGCCCGUUAAGAGCACAUCCCGUAAAAAUCUUAUAACAGAAUGUAAAGGAGAAUAUCUGCCGCUAGAGGGGGCUAUGUUGUAUUCGUCCAAAAUAAGAUGCUUUGUACGAUAUAUCUUGAUACAUUUCCAAUGUGACUAAUGAACAUGGAUGUACUAUUCUCGAUUUUUGACAAUAGUUUGUAAAUCCUGACACAUUGUAAAAUAAAUUUUAGAUAUAAAACCAUAACCAGAAGUCCAGCAGUCGCACAAGCCAGUGGAAAAGGGAGAGUAGCGACCAAUCAGCAAGGAGAGGGUCGACAGCCAAUCAGACUUUAAAAGGCCGGCGCCUCCGUGUUGCUGAUUGGCUAAAAACAGAAGCGGCUGCCUAAUGUGGAGUUGACUUGUUGCGUCUCUUUCGUGUGUUUUGUCUUCGCGUUCAAGUGUGAAGAAGAGCGACACCGAAGCAGAAAGAAGGCAAUAAAAGCGGCCUCUUGUCCGGUAAAGAUCUCCACCAAAGCAGAUCCCAGCGAUGACCGUGUGGACCGAGCUCGCCAUGAAACAUGACUCUCGCUUCCGCUUUUCCUGGAGACUGUGGCUCGGGGCUUCGUCUUGAUGCGGCCUGGCGUCUUCCCCGGAGCCGGCUCGGGCGCCCAGGCGGAGGCGAGUCGCUGAGGAACACAAAGAAGGCUGACUGGGCCUGGAGCGGCGCUGAGGAUCAUCUGCAUCACUGGACACUGACACCCGGCACCCAGUCCUGGCCCAGGGUAAACCUGAAAUGCCCCCCGAUGCCCCACCUGGCCUCCAUAAAUGAUAAACAGAUGACUUUGCCGUGCGGAGACAAGCAGCAGAAUGGAGGAAGAGCGCCGAAAAUCACCCUAACCCCAAUCACGUCAGGCUGCAACCCAGGGAGUUUCCACAAGAGGCGAAACAGGACCAAGAGGAGACUGAGCAUCAACUUGACCAGCUGCAAGUACGAAAGCGUGCGGCGCGCCGCCCGUCGCUACGGCCUCAAAGCGGUGGGCGAAGGAGACGACUGGACGCUGAUGUGGUCCGACUGCUCCGUGUCUCUGGACAGGGUGAAGGGCAUGAAGCAGUACCAGAUCAAUCAUUUUCCCGGUAUGAUCGAGAUCUGCCGCAAAGACACUCUGGCCAGGAACCUGAACCGCAUGCUCAAGCUCUUCCCUAAAGACUACAACAUCUUUCCCAGGACGUGGUGCCUUCCCGCAGACUACUGCGACUUCCAAGCGUACACGCGGGUGAGAAAGCGCUCCACUUUCAUCUGCAAGCCCGACUCGGGCUGCCAGGGACGGGGGAUCUUCAUCACCAGGUCCAGCAGAGAUAUUCAGCCCGGAGAACACAUGAUCUGUCAGCUUUACAUCACCAGGCCUUUGGUGAUGGACGGCUACAAGUUCGACUUGCGUAUCUACGUGCUGGUGACGUCAUGUGACCCGCUAAGGAUCUUCCUGUUCAAGGAGGGGCUGGCCCGGUUCUGCACCACCAAGUACAUGGAGCCGACGCACGGCAACAUGGACGAAGUAUGCAUGCACCUUACCAACUACUCCAUCAACAAGCACAAGGACAACUUCAUCCGCGACGACAACACGGGUAGCAAGCGGAAGCUGACGACGCUCAUCCGGCAGCUGGAGGCGGCCCGCGCCGACACGGCCAAGCUGUGGUGCGACAUCGAGGACGUGAUCAUCAAGACGCUGAUCGUGGUGCAGCCGGUCCUGAAGCACAACUACCGCACGUGCUUCCCCAACCACGCCGCCGCCAGCGUCUGCUUCGAGAUCCUCGGCUUCGACGUUCUGCUGGAUCAGCGACUGCGGCCCUGGCUGCUCGAGGUGAACCACUCGCCCAGUUUUACCACCGACUCGCAGCUGGACCGGGAGGUGAAGGACGCGCUGCUGCUGGACACGCUGCUGCUCAUCAACCUGCACGCGUGCAAAAAGAGCAAGAUCGCCAAGGAGGAGCGUCUGCAGGAGAACCGGUCCAAAGCAGCGAGGUCCAAGGAGCUGCACCAGUCCAAGGUGGCCUCGGCCCAGCAGACGGACACGUACGAGAGCAAACAUCUCGGAGGCUUCCGGAGGAUCUUCCCCAGGGAGGGCGGAGACAAGUACGACAGGUUCUUCACGCAGGGAAGCACGUUGGUGCAGGCCACGGAAGCUUCCAGAGCCCGACAGGAGUGCGCCAGGCAACAACUGCAGGAGCUGCGCGACAGGCAUCGGGACCCCACCGUCGCCCGACAUCGGAACUCUCAGGGGGAAACGGCGGGGGAGCCCUCCAGACGCCCCGGACCUCGACCGGCACACCGCAGACCCCCCGUCGCCCACCCGCGUCCGGCUCCAGUCGGAACCUGCGAGCCAGAAGACGGGGACGACGAAGAGGAGGAGGAGCGGGUCAAGGCGCUGAUCCAGAGGAAGAAGCUGCUCCUGGACAUGGGCCUGGUCCAGCACAUCCGCCAGCUGCUGCAGCUGGGGGGCCGCGACGACCGCGGUCCCGCCCAACGGGGACCGCCGCCCGCCGGGAAGAUUCUGACGCUGGACUCUCUGAUGCCCAUUUCCGAAAAAAGCAAGACGUCACCCUGCGUUCUGGCAUCCACACAGUGCUCGCUGAGGCCUUCGAGCACACUCAGGAAUUUCCACGGUCAGGGACGCCUGCAGCUCGAAGACAAAGGCUGGAGCGUCGGUGCCGUGAGGGUCCCGGGUCCAGGCCCUGCACGCCUGCCGAACCUCGGCGGGGUCCCCGGACGGAGCCCCCGCACAGAAGGCGACCCCGCGGACCUGCAGGGCCUCCUGGUCACCUCCACUCUUCCCCCUUUGCUGCGGAGACCUCGCCUCGUCCGAUGGGGCCCCCAGCAUGGGGAAGGACCCUAAACGAGGGGGACCCCCACCCCACCCAAACCAACCAACCGCUGCUCACUGCAAGAUUUAAUUAAUCCGACUUGACUACUUUUUACUCUUUAACUUUUUUUUUUUGGUCUAUGAUUUGAACUUUGUGUGCCAACUCGAACACAAACGGACCUCCUCAGGGCGCCAACUUCACACUGGAGCUUUCAUAUUUCAUAUUUCAUUCAGGAAUUGACAUGAAGCGGCCUCUUACUGUUAAACCUAAUUACAUAAAUGAAUUGUUUAUGGGGCAUCCUCAUCAGGAGUUUUUUUUUAAAUACAAGACCCUGCACGAAUGGAAUUGAAUUAACUUUUUUUUUUAAACGUCGUUUUGUAUUUAAAGCGAUUUUCAGCUGAUGUAACAUAUUGCAUUUUUUUUUUACUGUGACCUUUUUUUUAUUAUUAAAAGAUAAUGCACGUGGCAGCAUUUUGUCAAGAGGCCAUAAAACUUUACAACAUUUGUCAGCUGCUUUUGUCUGCACUCUGAAAAUAAACACGACAAAUUGGCCCGCAACAACAACACGACGUCAACAUUUUGGUGGCUCAAAAAAAUAGAUUUGAGUGUGUUUUGA